AUGGCGGAAAAUGAGGAAGUUAUAAAGACGGCAAACUUUUCCGUAGAUUAUCUUCAAAAGUUGGACUAAACUGCUACUUUCAUACAAAGUAAUCCUUUCAUAAUGGCGUCAGUAGAAGCCUGGCUGAAGACUCUCAAUCUGGAAAAUUAUGUCUCCACACUAAAAGCAGCUGGCUUCACGGAAAUAUCCUUGUGUCACAACCUUGAUGACAUCACGCUGCAGAACAUAGGAAUACAGCUUCCAGGGCACAGGAAGAGGAUUCUGAGCCACUUACCUCGGGAGUAUGUUAAUCUGUCCCAGGUGUCAGGUGACGUGGAAGGACACGAGACGGAGGCUGUGUAUUCUAAUGUGCCUGAGACUGAGGCGCCACCUAUCCUGCCACCAAAGAAAAGAAGUUUUGUCGAGGAUCCUUUGACUGCACCCAAGGUGGUUUCGAGACCUGUACCCCAGCCGCGACACAGGGCCUCGUCUAGAAAAAGCAGUGGCAGCUCUAAGAAAAGUUUUCUCUCAGAUGAGGUGCAGUCUCCAAAAGAGACAGUGCCUGAAGAUGAUGAGGCUUUAACCAAGUCAGAAGAUGCUGUAGGAUCAGUUUAUGCAAACACACAAAAUGUUAAGACACAGAUGCCCUCUGGUGGCUUGACAGAAUCUCCACUUGAGGGCACCACUGUCAAUUUUGGGACAUCAGCACUAGGGGAGCGUAAAUUGAGCGAGCCACCAAAGCCCAAGCCUAGGCCGCGACCACGACCCUAUAAAUCUUUUGAUAGCAGUGCAAGCACUCCUGCUGGACAGGAGACCAAGGUACAGAACAAUAUGGCCGACAUUCUACCAAUACACAAUAAGACAGAUGUUGUGCCUGCUGCCAAUAUGGCAAACACCACUUGUGUACAAAAUAAUGGCAAUGACAGACAUUCUGACAGCACAACAACACCACGAGUGUCAGACGAGAUCUAUCAGAACACACAGAUUGGCCCAGACAUCAGUGCCCUUAGUGAUUUUCUCGAAACUGAAAACCGCAAAAGCAAUUCAAGUUUUGGGUCUAGUAGUGCAAUCCGAGGCUCAGUAGGUAUCGAAAGCUUACGCGCCAGAUUGGAAGACUUAGAUGCUCUAAUUCCUUCCGAUGACGAAAGCUCCCCUACCAAACUGGGUGCUCUUACAGGCCCUGAGCUGUUAGACCAAGUGCCCCCCUCCCCUCGCCUGGUCAGGGCUGCGUCAAAUAAAUCCAAACCAAUGACCAAACCUCCUGAUGCUGACAUCACAGACAUGUUUGAUCCAUUCAGACGUGUCUCUUCAGAAAAGAAGGAAUUGAGUCCCCUUGCUGUCAAGUCUAAUUGUCUUGAUGUUCCCAUCAGUUCAUCCACACAAAUAAAUCCCCCUAAAAGCCAAGACAAGUCAGCCACACAGACAUCAAACUAUGAAGCAAUAUGGCCAAGCAAUAGGUUGUCUGGGAUGGUUUUAAGUAAGAACAAAAGUUCUGCUGGGGACUUGAUGUCAAUGGACUCACCAUUGGAUCCACAUAAAGAUAUCCUCUCUGGAAGUAACCAGCUCCCACAGGCUUUGAAUCUGGAGACACCCCCAGGGUCAAGAGACUCCACCCUCUCCUUCACAUGUCCGCCACCGAGUUUUUCUCCUCCACCUCUUCCAACUAUGGUGGCUCCCCCUAUCCCACCACGAGCUGGGCCACCAGAUUUUCCAGCUCCAUCUUUACCCCCCACAGACAAACCACCCACCUUUCAGGCUCCACUGCUACCAGCUUUUGAAACAUCAAAUCAAACCUUUGAAGCAAACUUUGCUGACUUUGAUGCAUUCAACAAUAAACCCAAACCCGUACCUCGGAGUCGUCCACAUAAAGAUUUAGACGUAUUCAAUACUGAUCUAGAGGCCAACUUUGAGACUACUGCUUCAAGUCAACCAUUACCAUCAAAUGCGGAUGCCGAUGCCUGGAAAAGGGGCUCACUUCAAAGUCGGCCAUUAACGGAAGACGUGGGGAUCUACCAUGAUGAGAAUUUCUUUGACGACAGUCAAAAUCAGAAUCCCAGCGUGAGAGAAAGUGUGAACAAUGGGAAUGUGUACUGUGAUGUAGCCCCACCUACAACAAGUCAAGCAACAGGUGGAAGAGAAAGCUUAAGUGUAGAAAAUGUUUACACAGAUUUACCAACCAAUGACAGCCCAGCACCUGCUCCUGUUGCUAGGCAACCUAUCAGACCUGCUCCGCUGCCGCCAGGGCCAAGGCCCAGUGCUGUCAAUAAGCCUUUUAUGGGUACCAGGGUCUUGCCUCCAUUGCCCUCGAUGCCCAGACCUCCAGCUCCUCAUGCCAUGCCAGAUGACAGCGCCAUCUAUCAGUUGCAGGGAGAAGUGGACUCUCACGGUAAGACAAAGUUCAUGUAG